GCCCGACUCGACUACGAGGACCAGAAGCUCAGGUCCGCCGAAAAGCGGAUGGAGUUUAUAUGGCAGGCGUCCGACGACUUCGGCCGCACGUCCGACAUAUGGGCGCACGCGAUGGCCGGCUCCCUAUACGGCCCGCCCACGGGGUUCAACUGGGAUGUGCCCGAUGGCGGGGACGAACCCAUUAUCGAUGAUAGGGAGUCCGAGGAUUAUAACGUGGAUAAGAUUGUCGAUAAGUUCCUCAACUAUAUUAAGCCGUAUGCCGCCAAUUACGCCACUAAUCACCUACUGAUCCCCAUGGGCAUGGACUUCAACUUUCAGUCGGCAAACGCGUGGUUCACCAACAUGGACAAGCUCAUAAAGUUCGUGAACGCCCGGCAGGUGAAUGGGUCAAACAUCAACGUGUUCUACUCGACCCCCACGUGCUACCUGGCCGCUGUCCACCAGUCCAACCACACACUCACCUACAAGUCGGACGACUUUUUCCCCUACGCCUCGGACGCCCACACCUACUGGACCGGCUAUUUCACCAGUAGGCCGGCCCUAAAACGCUACGAAAGGGCGAGCAAUAACUUCCUGCAAGUGUGCAAACAGUUGGACGUAUUGGCCCUAUUGGGGGGUCAGUACGACAAGGAGGUGACAGCCCUCCGGGAAUGGCAGGCCGUUAUGCAACACCACGACGCCAUCACCGGUACGGAGAAGCAACACGUGGCCAACAAUUACGCCCUAAAACUCUAUAAGUCGAUCGAGAAAUGCCAGUCCGUGGUGGAGGUGGCCGUCCGGAAGUUGACACUCAAACAGCCGGCGCUCAAAGACGUCACUAAUCUAGGGGAACUGCUAUUUUGCCAGCAGUUGAAUGUGAGCGCCUGUAUCCACACGGAGGCUAACCAUUCGCUGGUGGUUACGGUGUAUAACCCGUACGGACAGCCGGUGCGACACAUAUUAAGACUGCCGGUGACCCAUAGGAACUAUGCGGUGUCGGACACCCAGGGAAUGCCUGUCCAGUCGUACGCGUUUCUAAUACCUGCGCCGGUAUUAGCGCUGAAGGAACGGGCGUUGAGUCGAGCCGUCGAGGAACUGGUGUUUGAGACUAAACUACCGGCGCUCGGGUUCGCCACAUAUAUACUUAAGUACCAAAACGGUAGCGAAACAAAUAGCACCGGUAGCGUCGCCACUAACUCUACUAGUUUGCCACCAGUCGCACCGGUAUCUCGCAAAGUGGACAAAGAGUUUUCGGUACAAACCAAGAGUUUUAACGUGCAUUUUGAUGGGAACGGUAGUCUAAAGGCUAUACAAAUCCGCGCCACGGGACAGGUAGUGGACGUACGCCAGGACUUUGGUUACUACAGGUCCUUUGUGGGCAACAACUAUGGCACCAACCGGGCGUCGGGCGCCUACGUGUUCCGGCCCUCGGAACAGGAGGCCGUCCUAUUCGCCCGGAGCAACAUAAUCGCCCACAUCGUCGACACGCCUGUCCUCACGGAAGUCCGCCAAAAGGUCGGCGACUGGAUGUCCCAAACGGUGCGCAUCGACCCCCUGUCGGACGCCAUUGAGUUUGACUACCAGUGCGGACCCAUACCCGCGGACGAGGGCAAAGAGGUGGUCAUCCGGUGGUCGACUAACAUGACUACGGGAGGCGUAUUUUACACCGACUCUAACGGACGGCAAAUGAUGCGACGGCGCCGGGACUACAGGCCUACCUAUAACCUGACGGUCACGGAACCGGUGUCCGGGAACUACUACCCUGUGACCUCACGUAUAGCUAUUAGGGACGAUCGAAACGACCUACAGAUGACUGUGUUGAACGACAGGGCACAGGGAGGUACCGGCUAUCGGGAGGGCCAGAUCGAGGUAAUGGUGCACAGGAGGUGUCUGGUCGACGACGGUAUGGGUGUAGUGGAGGCGUUGAACGAGGGAGGGGUCGAUGGGAAGGGACUCGAAAUCAGAGGCAAACUAUGGCUACAGUUGUCGAACAUAGCCGGCGCCGCCGAACAGCACCGGGAUAUGGCUCAGCGGCUAUACAUGGAGCCGGUGGUGACGUUUAGGCGGUGCUCAUCACUGGACGAGUACGCCAGAGAGCACCGGAUGGAGUACUCGGCCCUACGGGCGCCGUUACCCAAGAACAUACACCUCAUGACUCUGGAGCAGUGGGUGAACACGACUUUCCUGUUACGGUUGGAGCACUUUUACCAGUGGAAUGAGUCCCUAAGCCUGAGCCUACCGGUGCGAGUGGAGCUCCGGGACCUGUUUCGGGCGUUUGUGGUGACAGAGGCACUGGAGACCACACUGAGUGCUACGGAAAAUAUAUUGGCCGCCCGUAGGCUAUACUUCUGGGACGCCAACGCUAACAACCGAAAUACCAGUGCCGUAUCGGAUAGGUUUGAGCCCAAACGCCAUGAGCUGAACGGCACCGACCUAUCCGUGAUUAUCAAUCCGAUGGAAAUCCGCACGUUUAUCAUUAGGACUAAUCCCACGGGUGAUUAG